AUGGAUCGGUAUUCUCCACAACCUCCUCCACGACGGAGCUACAGUAAUUUGAAUGUGGAUGUUCACGACAACCUGAUACGUCCUGUGCCUCAGCGCAGCCCAUUGACAAAGCAAGUAAACCAACUAGCCUACGAGAUACCCAAAAAUAAAUAUGCUCAAAAUCCCUGGAAUUACGCCCCUGAGUUUCUUAAAGUAUUCGGUGAUGUUCGAAUUCAUGUAGGCGGAAGAGCUGUAUUCGAUUGUGUACUUCUGGGUAGCCCUAGACCAAAGGUGUGUUGGUUGUUCAAUGAUGAGAAGUUGAUUUUCAAAGAUGUCCAAAUCGACGAUACUGCCGAUGUUUGUCGACUGACCAUACCGUAUGUCAUGCCGCACCACUUUGGUGAGUUUUUCCAUUGUUUCAAUAGGCAAAUAUAUAAAAAUGUAAGGAGCUGCACAUACACUGUACUAUGCGAAAACGAAGUCGGACGAGCUGUAACGUCGGCUGAACUAUAUCCACUGUAA